UCCCUCUCUCUCUCUCUCUCUUCGGCAUUCCCUACAGGUUAAACCAGCACAUGAGGAAGGCGAGGGUUCGCCUCUCGCCGCGGGCCCUGAUGCGGCCCCCUAGCCCCAGAUCCACCAUCCCGGGUCGCUGUCUCUCCUCUCUUCUCCUCGUUGCCGCGGUCACCUUGCCCUGCGCCGUGCUCUACCGCGCCGCCGCGCCCACCUCGUCCCCAUCGUGGCGGCCCGGCCCUGCGAUUCCCGAUACCUCUCCCAUCGCCACUCAAUUGGAAAGUGAGGAUGUUCGGCUUGAGAAGGUUCUGGAGGAAGCAGCAAUGGAAAACAAAACAGUAAUAUUGACCACAUUGAAUGCGGCAUGGGCAACUCCUGGAUCCAUUAUAGAUUUAUUCAUUGAAAGCUUCCAAAUUGGUGAUGGAACACGCAAACUUCUCGACCAUUUGGUUAUCAUUGCAUUGGACAAGCAAGCAUACAUGCGGUGCUUGUCUAUACAUGCCCACUGUUUUCCACUUAUUACUGAGGGAGCGGAUUUCUCUGAUGAGAAGCUGUUCAUGUCUGCUGGAUAUCUGUCGAUGAUGUGGACAAGGAUAGAGUUUUUGCGUCUAGUUCUUGAAAAGGGAUACAACUUCAUUUUCUCGGAUGUAGAUAUCUUGUGGUUCCGGAAUCCUUUACCACAAUUCUAUCCAGAGGUCGAUUUUCAGAUAGCUUGUGAUCACUUCAUGGGUGAUGCCUUUGAUUUAGAAAACAUUCCUAAUGGCGGAUUCAACUAUGUUAAGUCUAACAAUCGGACCAUAGAAUUCUACAAGUUUUGGCAUGCAUCAAGGGAGAAAUUUCCAGGACAUCAUGACCAGGAUGUAUUUAACUUUAUUAAGCAUGAUCCAUAUCUCUUGGAAAUGGGAAUAAGAGUUAGAUUCCUGAGCACUGCUUAUUUUGGUGGUCUUUGUGAGCCCAGCAGAGAUUUUAGUAAGGUUUGUACAAUGCACGCAAAUUGCUGUAUUGGCUUAAGUAGAAAGAUUCAUGAUUUAAGAGUUAUGCUUGAUGACUGGAGGACAUACAUGUCUCUUCCAUGGAAGGUAAAAAGAUCUAGGGCAUUCUCAUGGAGGGUACCACAGAAUUGCAGUCUUGCUCCUCUAGGCUCAUGAUGAUUGGUGGAUACAUGCCUUGUGGAAGAUUAAUGGAUUCUUUUACAAAUUUAGUUUGCAUGUACUUCAUGAUGUUCCAAAAGAUCAUCUUUGUACAGAUUAGCAUGGAGCUAGCCGCCAGGGGCAUCACUGAUAGAUAAACAUGUAACUCUUCAGCAGGUUGUGGGCUUGAAAGUUAUUGAAGUGAGCUAAGAUACUCCUUCAACUGCUCGAAAUCCAUUUGGCACUAUUCAAUCCAUUGAAUUUCUUUCGAUCGCUUUAAGGUUUAAAAGACAGAAAGACACCUACCAGGUCUGGAAGAAAGGAGGAACCAUCUUAAAGCAGUGAUUCAACCAGUCAAUUACUAAACUUCCUUGAAUGAUAUCGAAGGCUUCUCGUCUAUAUGGCCUUGACCUUCUACAUAUUGGCAUCAAUUCCCCCUCGAUGGAUCAUGAAUUCAAGGAACCUCCCAAAGCCAACACCAAAGUCAUGCUUGGAUGAUUUCAGCCACAUUAAGUUUGUUUUAUUAUUGUUGAAUGUCUCUUUUAAAUCACCCAAAUGGGUGUUGGCUACUCGGCUUUUCAAACAUCCACAUAAGCGUUCAUGUUCCUACCUAUCUAGUGUUUAAACAUCUUGUUAUCAUUCUUUGAUAGUGAGACCAGCAUUUUUUAACCCGAAGGACAUAACCUUGUAGCAAUACAAGCCCCUAUUGGUGAUGAAUGAGGUGUGCUUUUCAUCUUCUAAAGCCAUCUUGAUUUGGUUAUACCUUGAUAAUGCACCCAUAAAGGUUAAUCAUUCAUGUCCAGAACUGGAGUCGACCAACAUGUCAAUUUGAGGCAAAGGGAAGUUGUCAUUUGAACAAGUUUUGUUAGAUCAAGUGUAAUCAAUACAUUUAUCAUUUUUCAUUACUAUUCUUUACAAGAACUAUAUUUACAAGCCAUUCAGGAUAAGACCUCACAAGUAAAGUCAGCGUCUUACAAUCAAUCUAUCUACUUCUACAAUUGUUGACUGAUGAUCUGGGGCAAAUCUCCUUGGCUUCUAUUGGAUAGGUCGAUGUUAAGCUGAUUGUGUGCCACAGCACGGUCAAUGCUCGACAUGCCACUCGUGCCCAAGCGAAGACUGCCAAGUUGUGGCAUAGGAAGUUGACCCAAGUGAAGAUUUCCAAGUUGACCAGCUUGUUCCUUCUUUCUACUGGCAUAGCAAUGCCAACCUUGACUAGUCAGUCUGGUUGAUUUGGAUCCAGUGACACUUGCGAGUGGCUCCCCAACUUCUGGAUGAGUUGGUUGAGGAGUCGGAUCUCUUGGGUCCAUCUGUUGGACUGAUAGUAUUGCUUUCUUGGGAGAGUGACUCAAGUUAGGUUGGGCUGCCUUGGUUGGGAACUUCAGCAACAUUGUUCUAGAUUUACAAAUUUUCUAUCUCUUUUUUUUGGCUUUCUUGGUCUUCUGUUAGACAGUAAAAUUUCAUUUCAGUUUAUUGGUAUCUUUGUCUUGUACUUUCUGUAAGAGGUUAGAUGUGAUAUCUAAAUUGGAUUACAGUUAGAUGGAGUUUUAGCAUUAAUGUGUGUGACUAUCAUGAGUGUUCAUCUGUUUCUUGUUGUUCAGAUAUGUGUGUAUAUAUACUUUAGAAGUCAAGGAAUUAUCAAAAUUUGGAAAACGGAAGAUAAACAAAAAAGAGUAAAUUUACUAGGAAUGUGAUAUCAAUGAAUAUGUUCUUUGCUUUUGAUUAAAAUCACUAAUUGCUCUCAGACAUUGGAUGCUGAUUGAGGAUAAUCGUAAUAGCAUGUACUGUAUUAUAUAUUUUGGAAGGAAUGCUGUCUCUGAUUAUGUUUCUAAAAAUUAGAUUCCUGUGAU